GUUUACCGGUCCAGGUCGGGAUGGGAGGAGCCUCCCCGGCGAUAAAGCCGAUCAGCAAGUCGGUGGUGCACCGGAUUUGCUCCGGCCAGGUCAUCUUCGACCUCUCCUCCGCCGUCAAGGAGCUCGUCGAGAACAGCCUCGACGCCGGCGCCACCACCGUCGAGGUCAGCCUCAAGGCCUACGGCGAGGAGUGGUUCAAGGUCGCCGACAACGGCGCCGGCAUCUCGCCCAGCAAUUUCCAGGCGCUCGCCCUGAAGCACCACACCUCCAAGAUAUCGGAUUUCUCUGACCUGAACUCCGUAGCCACCUUCGGGUUCCGGGGGGAGGCGUUGAGUUCCCUCUGUGCGUUGGGGAAAUUGACGGUUGAAACGAGGACUAAAGACGAGCAGGUCGGGACACAUUUGGAGUUUGAGCACUCGGGCGUGGUCACAAGUGAGAGGAAGAUUGCGCGGCAAGUUGGAACCACUGUGACCAUCGAAAAAUUGUUCUCCACCUUGCCGGUUCGGGGCAAGGAGUUUAGUAGGAAUAUUCGGAAGGAGUAUGGCAAAGUAAUCUCCUUGCUGAAUGCGUACGCCUUAAUUGCCAAAGGGGUCAGAUUACUUUGCACAAAUAUCGUGGGCAAGAAUUCCAAAAUGGUGGUGGUUAAAACUCAAGGAAGCAGUUCACUGAAAGACAAUAUGAUUACGGUAUUUGGUUUGAACACUUUCAAAUGCCUUGAGCCCUUCAACGUGGCCAUCUCAGAAGACUGCCAGGUAGAAGGUUUUCUUUCCAAACCUGGACCCGGCAGCGGUCGCAAUUCAGGAGAUAGGCAGUUCUUUUAUGUGAAUGGCAGACCUGUGGACAUGCCAAAGGUCACCAAGCUUGUUAAUGAACUCUAUAGAAGCUCAAAUUCCAAGCAAUAUCCUGUUGCUGUCCUAAAUUUCUGCAUUCCAACCACAUCUUAUGACGUGAAUGUUGCACCUGACAAGAGAAAGAUUUUCUUCUCUUCCGAGCAGGCCAUUUUGAUAUCUUUACGGGAGGCUAUUGAAAAUCUGUAUAGCCCUCAACAGUGCAGCUUUUCCAUCAAUCACAUUGAAGAUUCUGAAAAGGAAGAGGACCCUGCCAUUGUUGAACCUAAUGAAAGCACAGAUUUAAUAGAAAAAGAGAAUGUUUCAUCUCCCGAAAGUGAUAACGACAUGGAUGAAACAGAUAGUGAUGACAAGGAUCCACCAGAGAAUCAGAAAGUGUCUUCUUCCGUGACAAGGUUAGCCACUGGAGCUGCAUCCAGAGACAUAAGCCCCUUGUCAAGGGGCCCAGCCACUCCGGUUGGUAGAUCUCCUUUGCUUUCAGCCUCCUGGUAUGAGCAGGCAAAAAAAUCCAAUGGUAGCCAUCCAGUAAGAGAAAAUCAUGCUAGAACAGGGCCUGCUGUUAGUGCUAAAUCCUCCCCAUCAAGUAUAGUUCAGUCUUCUCUUAUGAACUUUCUAUCACUAAACAAGAGGAAGCACGAAGACAGUUGCAACCUUAUUUCCGAAGCUCCAGUGCUAAGAAGGGGGACAAACUCAGAACAAGUGAGACGAACAAGCCUGGAAGAAAAUGCACCUGGUAUUGCAAAUGCCAACUCACUCCAGGAAACUAGCCUUUUCCAGCGUCAUUCUCCGCAAUCAUUUGUACCUAAGCAGGCAGAAGUUUCAUCACAGCAUUCAGAACCAUCAAAUAUUGUGUCUCAUAGUACUGAAGUGCCUCUCCUUGAUCCACGCGGUCUUCACAGUACAAAAUCUGAUGUGGAUGAACAGAAUGAUCAACGCAUUUCAAAUUCCGGUGCUCCAUGUCAAUAUCCGGAAGAUAUUGAACCUCAAAAUGGACAGUCUAAUAUUCCUUUACCUGUUGCUCAUGGUCAUGAUGAUGGCACUUCAGGGUGUUCUACAUCAGUAUCAUAUCUGGUUAUGCAAUUUAAAGUUGCUGAGCUUAGGAGAAGAAGAAAACACAGGUUUAUGGUAUCACAUGAAAACGGAAUUCAUUGUUCCAACAAAACUGCAAGGUGCUAUAAAGCCGCGACACUGGAUAAUUAUGUGCCAAAUGACGACGAGGGAAAAUUGAAUUAUUUAGCUGCAGCGACCAAUGAGUUGGACAGGCUUUUCAGCAAAGAUAAUUUUGGAGAAAUGGAGGUUGUUGGGCAGUUUAAUCUUGGUUUUAUCAUUGGAAAGCUGGACCAAGACCUUUUUAUUGUAGAUCAGCAUGCUGCUGAUGAGAAGUACAACUUUGAGAGCUUAUCACAGUCAACAACCUUAAACAUACAGCCUCUUCUUCAGCCACUGAGACUUGAACUAUCACCAGAGGAAGAAGUUAUCGUAUCUAUGCACAUGAGCACUAUCAGGAAAAAUGGGUUUGUUUUAGCAGAAGAUUUGCAUGCUUCACCUGGCAAUCAUUAUAUUUUGAAAGCUGUCCCCUUCAGUAAAAAUAUUACAUUUGGUGUUCAAGACGUGAAGGAGCUGGUCUCCAUGCUUUCUGACAGUCAAGGUGAAUGUGCAAUAAUUAGUACCUACAAGACGGAUAAAACUGCUUCUGUUUGCCCUUCGAGGGUUCGUGCUAUGCUGGCUUCACGGGCCUGUCGAAUGUCUACCAUGAUUGGUGAUCCGCUGACAAAAGUUGAAAUGAAGAAGAUACUUAAGAAUCUGACAGGACUAAGGUCCCCUUGGAAUUGCCCGCACGGGAGGCCAACGAUGCGCCAUCUAGUAGACCUGACUUCUAUGAUAUCUGAAGAAACAGACUGAAGCGGUGUUCAGAAGUUUGUUCGGUAGAAGGAACUUGCAUCCAUUGACGCUCUUCAGGAUUUUAUUAGCAGCCACGUUGGCUCAUUUUGUACAAGCAUCAUCUCCAAUCUUGGGGAACUUCGCAGGAUCCACUGACGUCUUGGUCGCCGUUCAGUUGACUGGGGGUUGUGUCGAUGGCUUGUUUUGGCGCGCUACAAAAUUGGAAGGCUUCUCGCUCCCUACCUAACAGUUUGUGCUUUGAGCCUGCCGGCCAAAGCUACGAAGCAGCACUCUUCGGUUUCAAAUCGAUUGUUUCGAGCGCUGCACUAUCAGUGGCUAGGCUAAUCUUACUGUUGUAUUGUAGAUUGCCCUCUUCAUGUGGCAGAUAGGUAAACGUUUGAACAAUGUAACGUUGGAUUGUAACAAACAUCAUCGUGUUGGUUGAUCCUUCCAUUGUUUCGUUGGAUCUGUUCUCUGUCAAAAAAGGGUUCCGGAAAAUCCUUUA